CUUUUGUUGAUUUUAUAGCUGAACUAUAUUUCUUUUCUUUUUCUUUGUCUUUUCUUUCUUUCUUUUUUCAGUGAGUGCAAUAAUGAAAGUAAACGUUGGUAUCUUAUCAGGAAAAAAUAACGGCAAUCACAGAAAUGAAACGCGGCGUAAAUUUGUUUUUAAUAUCACAGAGAAAUGGACAGAAAUCUGGCUCGGAGUGCGGGCUGCGAGUGACACUCAUGAGAAGGAAAUCGCCUCUAAAAAGGCAGCGGGAUUUAUUUUUGUGCGAUGCAAAUGCAGAACGAUUUUGGUACUGGGGGACUCUUUUAUCAAAAGAUGAAUCAGUGUUUUUGUUUGACCGUCAUGCUUGAUUGACAUUAAAAUUAAUUUCUGAGGGAGGGGACGAGAUCGGGAGGGACAAGGAGCUCGCGCACGCCUGUGUGUGUGUGUGUGUGUGAGUGUGUGUGUGUGCACGCGUGAAUGCGUUGAGACAGUAUGAAAAGCGGCUCUCUGACAGUCAGACCCAGUGCGGACAGAGAUCUGGAGUGUGUGCUCUCGAAGCCGGGAUAUUAGUGCCUGCAUGCAGGGUCAGUGCCGUGUGAGUAUGGGACAUGUGCGCUCGGCUUCGUGCCUCGGCUAUCUGAGUUUUGCUUGCAGGUCUCUAACUUGCUGCAGCUGCAUCAAACAAAGUCUGUUCCCACAAACGGAUAAAAUCGAUACCGCUUUGCUUUCGUAUGACCUUGAACCCAAAUCUUCGCAAUGAUUUGCAUUUUGAGCCUGACAGAUUUCUGCUUAAAGGGGGGAAAAAUUCGCUUUUGUGGUUUUAUUAUUAUCAUCAGUAUUUACACAUUUUUAUCCUCUCCAGCUGGCACUUGCACGUGACUCUUCUUGUACUUUUGUUCAGUGGACUGCUUAAUUGGGCCUGUCUAUUAACCUGGAGGAGGUUUUAAUGAUGUAAAACAAUAAGGCUGAAGUCAGUGCGGGUAAGCUGAAGCAGAGCGACUGUAAAGGGAUACUUCGACUCCCCACCAACAGGCUGUUGCGCAUAGCGGCCGUGCGCCGUCUCAUUAACGAGAUCACUUUACAACCAGUCAAACAAAUAGGUCAUUAUCCAUCACUGCCUGCUCUGCCUGUGUUCACCAGCCUCAAACCCGCAACUCUCAUGUCUCAUUUUAUCCAAAUUAUAUAAUCAACUUAUUUUUAUUUAUUUCCUUAUCUAUUUGUUGUCAGGAUAAUUUCAGUUAGUUUAUGCUUUGAUUAUACAAAUCUCAACUACUCAGCACACAAAUACAAUUUCGGCUCCAAAUGUAUUUUAAUGCCUUUAGAAUAUUGCAAAUGGAAGAAAAUAAAAGAUGUCAUUAUACUUAAAAUCUUCAAAAUUACUUUAAACUGGUUUACUUAAAAAUAUCACUGAAUAUUAUUACACUACUUAUGCCGCCUAUAUGCUUUUAAUUUAGGUCGUAUGUAGUUUAAGCCGACGUUACUCUACGAGCUACGUAAACAUACAUACAGACUUCCUCUUCUGUGAUUCAGCUGACGUCCGUUACAGUAAACUGGAUUGAAGCGCAGUAUCUGGUCUUCAGACGCAUAUCUACCCUUUGAGGGGAAGGUGGCUCCACUUUUGGUCACCUGCCCGGCGUCACCUGAGAUAAAGUCAGAGCAGCGCUGAGGGGACAGAAGUGAAGGAUUUCGGACCCGAGCAGCGCCGAGCUUUAAGGCUGAAAAGAGUUCAACAACAUGCCGAGAUCUUUCCUGGUGAAAAGCAAAAGGGCCCACAGCUACCACCAGCACCGCUACUUCGACGAUGACUACAGUAGACUGGACACUAUUUUGGCUGAUGUGUGCGCAGAAACAAAAUCUCAAGCCGAGUUCGACUCCAACCUGGAGCAGGAAGACGUGAAGAUCGGCGCUGACAGACUGUCCCCCGGGUCGCGGCUGAGGUCCCCGAGGUCGCUGUCCUCCAGCUCCCCGCUGAGCUGCGGAGGCAGCGCCUGUGACCGGUCCUCCGACUGUGAUUUCUGGCGUCCCCCGUCCCCCUCGUCCUCACCAGAUUCAGAGAAAUGCUCCACUCCUGCAGCGGAGGACGGUCACUCGAACAUGCCAAUCUUUCCGUACUCCUGGUCGGCAUACUCAGGAACCGAGCUGAGACAUCUGGUUCAGGGGUCUUAUCACCACCACCUCCAGAGCCACAGGGAGUCCCAGUCACCCAUUAGCAUCUACAGGGGAGAGGACAGCGGCAGUGAGUCGCUUUAUGCACAGCGGGGCCUCGCGGCCGGAUGUUACCAGGGUUAUUCUUCAACGGCCCAAAUCUGCAGGAUGCGGGACAGAGACGAGCUGUAUCUGGAUGCGAAGCAACAGGCCCGCGUGGCGGAAAUCAAGUCUGAGAACGAUUUCAUCCGCGCAAACCUCGAGUCGAGUGGAUCAUACAAGUGCAUUAAAUGUUGCAAGGUGUUCUCCACGCCUCACGGGCUGGAAGUUCACGUGCGGCGGUCGCACAGCGGCACGCGGCCGUUUGAGUGUGGGAUAUGCGGAAAAACCUUCGGACACGCAGUGAGCUUGGAUCAGCACAGAGCGGUUCACUCGCAGGAGAGGAGCUUCAGCUGUAAGAUCUGCGGCAAAAGCUUCAAGCGCUCCUCAACCCUCUCUACGCACCUGCUCAUCCAUUCCGACACGCGGCCUUAUCCGUGCCAGUACUGCGGGAAAAGGUUCCAUCAAAAGUCAGACAUGAAAAAACACACUUUCAUUCACACAGGUGAGAAGCCGCACAAGUGCCAGGUGUGCGGGAAGGCCUUCAGUCAGAGCUCCAACCUCAUCACACACAGCAGGAAACACACGGGCUUCAAGCCCUUCGGCUGUGACCUUUGCGGGAAAGGUUUCCAGAGGAAAGUGGACCUGAGGAGGCACAAAGAGACGCAGCACGGACUGAAAUAAGCAGGAGUUCACCGAAACCUGUGGCGCUUUACGUUUGCUGUAAUUGGUUUAUUUUCCCCUACUUAGCCUAAGAUAUGCUGAUUGUUUAUUUAUCUGUUGUGUUUUUAUUAUUAUGAAAAAACUAAAUAAUUUCACAAGCUUU